AAGAAGAAACGGAUUAAGAAAGCGAAGAAGAAGAAGAAGAGGCGUUCCGGCUGGAGAAGGUUGCUCUGUUGUGGCAGAGCUCCAGAAGCCAGCAGAACCUUCCGCUGGCUGCUGGUCCAUUUCUGGAGCGGCUGUCCUGGUUUGAGUGAUGAAGAACGGUGGCUUCAGCACAAGACGAAGGGAAAUGGCGGCCGUUCCCGAUAAAGUCGAUAUGUCCUUAGAUGACAUAAUUCGCCUAAAUAAAAGGGAGAAACAGUUGAUAAGAAGACAAGCUAAUGUGAAUCGCAGACCGUUCAAGAAGAAAGGCCGUUUGAGUCAAAUCAGGAGCGGAGCAGCAGCGCAGAGAGGAGGUGGCGCACCCCGAGGAGGAGCGGCUGUGCUAAGAAACAGGAGGCUUCCUCCUCUGGUGGGUCGGCGGCGGGGUCAGGGGGUCAUCACCGGGCUGGCGGCCAGGAGGCCCGCCGUCCUGCUGAAACGAGCCGGAGUUCUGAGCAGAUCAGCAGCCAGCCAGAACCCUCCUUUCGCCUCGUUCGUUCAGAAGGCUCGUCCGCGGACGAGGCCCUUCAUUCAGCGCUCGGAGGCCCAGUACAGGAGGCCGGAGGUGCCGAGGCGGCCAUACCGGCAGCCCGAUCCACAGAGAGGCCAGAACGCGGCAGCGUUGUCGUCGUCUAGGAGACCGUUCCAGCUGCGGCGACGACCUCUGCCGCCGGUCCAGCAGACGCAGAGGGAGGCGCGCCAGGCCACAUUCCUUUUCCGCAGAGGGCUCAAGGUUCAAGCCCAGGUACAGAAGACACACCUUCACACUCCUCCAGCCAGAACACGGCAGUGGCGCACGUCUACAGCUGGCAGUGGGAUUCUGACUGUUUCCAUUGACAACCCGACAGCCAGAACUCAACCAGAGCCCCCUACUGCCUGGACGCUGCACCCGCCGCCUGUCAGCUCGGCUCCGGUCAAGGUGGAGACGGAGGAGAAGAAGGUCCCUAAAGGAGUCCCUCUGCAGUUUGACAUCAACAGCGUCGGGAAGCCGCAAACGUCGAUGACUCUGAACGAGCGAUUCCGCAUCCUCAAAGAUCGUCGCGUCGCCACGGCGCAGAGCGGCCGGGGCAGCAGGUUUGUUACAGUGGGUUAGCCCGGCAUGGAGGAAGAGAUGACGUCCCAAAGACCCUCCGUCCCACUCUGACUCCGCCUCGACGACGGGACAUGUGCCGAGUCGCUGUGAUGCCACUGAGAGGGAAGCCUGAAUGGGACAAAUAAGCAGGAUUCACACGGCUGCUCCGUCACCGGAGCAGUUGGGAAUAAGCUUCCAUUUUCUCCUUGAUGUCGGUGUAGUCAACCUUUUGUGUUGUGACAACUCAGUGCAGGGGAAUAUUUAAAACUCCUUUUUUUUUCUCCCCAUUAUGACUCAGAACUGUUAACACCACAAACACUUUUUGAAAAGCAUUUUGUUUUCAGAGAAGACGACUGCGUAUUUGCUAGGAUGGCUUUUGGGGAAAGAAUGUUUUUCUGCCAUGAAUUUUGUAAGUUCUUUAAAUAAAAAGAUUGUCUAAAUACUGA